AUGGCAUCGAAACAAACGGAAGAAAAGGCGUCCCAGCCCGGCCACCUGGCUGUGCACACCACGGAGCUCCAGACUCAGAAUGGUGCUGCUCUGUCUCCCGUCUCAACCAGCAACAGCCUCGAGAAGGGGCCCAAGGAGACCAGCAUUGACAUGCCGCGAAACUCGGCCAACUCGUCGCCUAGUUCGGCUCGUCGACUGAGCCCCUUCGAUACCGAUGUCGAGGCAGGUCAAUCCUCGGAGAACCUGAACCGCAAGUCAACCCAGUUCACGGGCCGGACCCUGAACAACCCCAACUGUUCUGUCUGGCCAGGUCAGGACCACUGGAAGCAGAAGGCCCGCGCCGCCAAGCUGAAGAACCGAUCUUGCAAAUGCAUGGCCCAUCUUAGCAAGCGGACCAGACUGGUUGUCAAGAUUCUCAUGGCGGCAUUGAUCAUCGGCAUCGCUGUGGCCGUCGGCCUCGGUGUCAGCAAAUCACUCGGCGCUGGUAUCUGGAAACCGCAAGGGCAGUGA